GUCCCUUGCUUAAAAAUGAACAGGGCAUUGUUCUCCUUGGGACAAAUGAUGCCAAUCGCUCGUAGUUUGAGUAGAUGUGCUGCGUGUUGUCAGGUGAUUACCAACCCGGAAGAAAUCGCAAAAGUCUACAGACAGCUCAGCCUUUUCCCCUCACUUAGCAGUGCAAACGUGGGACCUGUCAUCACCUCCCAGUAUGGAGGCAAAUACAGCAACAUUUAUACAGAAUGGAGCCAGCGUGAACUGGAGAGCAACGAGAAUGUCAAGUUUUGCAAACAGUACAUCGUGUUCCAUGAUGACAAGUCUGUGGUCUUUUCAGCACCUUCAGGAAACUGCACCAAGGUCCAAGGAGUGUUGCUGAGUAGAGAUGCUCCAUCUGGAGAAAUGAAAGCUGUUAUCAGAAAAAGCACAGUAAAGGGCGAGGAGAACCAGUUUCUCGAGAUCUGGAAUAAAAACAUGGUGAAAAGCAUCAAUCUCACCGCUUUAAAGAAGCAUGGAAAAGUUUAUGAAGAUGCGCUCUUUGGUUGCUUGGUCUGGUCCCAAUCUGAGACACACCUCUUGUAUGUGGCUGAGAGAAAGAGACCCAAGGCAGAGUCUUUCUUCCAGACCGAGUCUUCAGCGUUGUCAUCUAGUGUGGAUGAAGAAGGCGGGUUAAGAUCAGAGAAAAAAGAUGCCGUCAAAGGAGAGCAAUUUGUCUUCUAUGAAGAUUGGGGAGAGGACCUGGUUAAAAAGAGCAGCCCGGUGCUCUGUGUUUUGGACAUUGAGGGCAACAAUGUUUCUGUGUUAGAAGGCGUGCCUGAGAACAUCUCACCAGGGCAGGCAUUUUGGGCUCCAGGAGACACAGGUGUGGUGUUUGCCGGAUGGCGUCAUGAACCUUCGAGACUUGGACUCAGAUCUUGUCCGAACAGGAGGUCAUCUUUGUACUAUGUGGAUCUCACUGGAGGGAAAUGUGAGCAGUUGGCUUCAGACGACAGCGCAGUCUUCUCCCCGAGGCUGAGCCCAGACCAGUGUCGAAUUGUCUACCUAGAAAAUACGGUCUUUGGAGCACACAUGCAAUGUAGCCGACUGUGUAUGUAUGAUUGGUAUACUAAGAAGACAUCAGUGGUGGUGGAUGUGGUAAAGAGACCAAGAGAAGAUGGCUUCACUGGCAUCUAUUGCACUCAGUUGCCACCUAAAUGCUGGUCAGCAGAUAGUCAGCGAAUUAUUUUUGCCUGUCCUCAGCGCAGCCGCAAGGAGUUGCUGGCAGUGGAUAUAAAUACAGGGAGCGUCACCUCGUUGACCUCAACGUCUGCCAUGGGUGCCUGGAAUCUGCUGACUGUCGAGAGAGAUCUGAUAGUGGCAAGCUGCUCUUCACCAAACUGCCCUCCAAGUCUGAGAGUGGGGUUUCUUCCGACCAGGGAUUCUGACGAACAAAUGGUCUGGAUUACACUGGAGGAAUCUCAGACAUUGCCAGAAAUUGAUUGGCAGAUCUUGACGUUGGCCCCUCCCUCAGACCAAGACAACAGCCAAUACCCUGGCCUUGACUUCGAAGCUUUACUAUUUAAACCAAAGGAGGAGAAGGACGGUGCCAAGCUACCUCUUAUUGUGUAUCCUCACGGGGGUCCACACUCUGUGACUGUUGCAGACUGGCUUCUGUCCCCCGCGGUGUAUUGCAAGUUGGGCUUUGCUGUGUUGUUAGUGAACUAUCGGGGGUCGAUUGGAUUUGGCCAGGACAAUAUCCUCUCAUUGCCCGGCAAUGUUGGGACACAAGACGUCAAAGACGUUCAAUUUGCUGUUGAAAGUGUUCUGAAGGGUGACAAGUUCGACAGGCAGAAACUGGCAGUUGCCGGAGGUUCUCAUGGAGGCUUCUUAGCCUGUCAUCUCAUUGGCCAAUAUCCCAGUUACUACAAGGCUUGUGUGGCUUUCAACCCCGUCGUCAAUCUGGCCUCUAUGGUUUGCACCACAGACAUCCCGGACUGGUGCAUGUUUGAGGCUGGCUCUGACUACACCGCAGAUAGUCUAUACGAGCCUGCUGUUUGGGAACAAAUGUUGAGCAAGUCUCCAGUCAAACAUGUGUCACAGGUGAAAACACCGGUCUUACUCGUACUCGGAGAAGAUGACAAGCGUGUACCCCACAAACAAGGAAUUGAAUAUUACAGAGCUCUAAAGGCAAAACAAGUGCCUGUCCGUUUGCUGAUGUACCCGGGGAACAACCACUCCCUGCCCAAUGUGGAUGCGGAGUCUGAUAGCUUCAUGAACAGCGCUCUGUGGUUUGUACAGCACCUGUUUGAGUGAUGGGGCUUGAAUGAAAAGAGUUUUGCGUGAACUCUUGCUAAAUAUUGAAAUACUAAGGAGGUUCUUUCCUGUUUUGGGGGCUUUGUGAAGACCAAGGAAAUAAGUGGUCUAAAACAAGAUUCAUUUGAUUCUGUCUGUGUCUGAGAUGAUUAGGGAUGAUACAAUAUAUAUGAUUAUUUUUUUAAAUGUUUUAGCUCUCCUAAAACUUGAAUAAAGGCUGUUUUAAAUAGGCA